AUGGUGGCAGCGGCGGCGGCGGCGGCGGUGGCGGCGGUGGCAGUUCCAUUGUUGAUGCUAGCAGAGGAGGAAGAAAAGAAAGGAAUUCGUGAGUUUUGGGACUUGUCAAAGGGUGUCACCUAUAGCAUGAAUUUUCCAGAACUGGUGGGGAAGUGCUGCUUUGGUGUGGGAUUUCCAGGUUGGCUUUUCACGGCGGACGAACAAGGUCACAUGAAUCUCUUCCAUCUCUUCUCACGUUCCUUAAUAAAUCUCCCAGACAUGGACAUGUUGGAGGGUUUCGAUUACGAGGUGGAAAAGGGUCAUUGUACUCAGUACGUCGAAAAAGCGGUGAUUUCGUCGGAUCCUCUAAUCUCAAAAGAAGACUAUGUUUUGGCCCUAAUUCAAGGUUCUCCUCGGACUUUUGCUUUCUGGAGGCCAGGAAGUAAGUCCUUUACUAGUGUGUCACAGAUAGUACCCGAGCGUGCCUAUUCUGACAUCGCUUGGCAUGACGGGCAAUUCUAUGGUGUUGAUUUUGAGGGCAACGUUAUCGUCUUCGAUUUCAGAUCAGGAGAUUAUCCAACAUCUGUAAGAGUUAUCAGAUCUGAGAUACCUCCGGAGGUAAUUGACGGCAACCAAGUUUACAUCGUCUAUUCAAUGGGUGAACUAUUAGUGAUUAAUCGAGACGGAGCUUAUGAAGACGAUGAUACAGGGAUUUAUGGGGCUAAACAAUUCCAUGUGUACAAGAUUAAUGAUAUUGAUAGCAGUUAUUCCGAGGUUAAAGACUUGGGAGAUAGAGCAUUGUUCGUUGGCAAUAGUGCCACUGUGGUUGUUGAACAAUUAGCUCAUGGGAUCAAGGGCAGCCAUAUUUAUUACACAGAUGAUUGUAAAGACACAUACUUCAGUCUUGAACAGGGCGGUGGCAAAGACAUGGGCGUAUACAACUUGCUUGAUGGAACCAUUGUGCCUCACUACACUGGUCAAUCUUACCAUAAACUCACUCCACCUCUUUGGAUUUUCAGCAACUCUCCCUCUCUUGAUUUAGACUAG